UUACUGCAGGCGACGGCUGUUUCUACAUCGGCAUGGGAGGUAAAAGCGCGAAACCCAAGAUUCCCUCCUAUGAGCCCUACCAGUGCUGUCCUGCCAAGGUCGCCCACGGCACCAAGGUCGCCAAGGCCACCAAAGUCAGUCCGAUGGCGAAGGGCAAGGGCAAAGCACACGGUGCUGAGAGGUCGGACAAAUUGGGACUGCCGGCCCUGAAGCCGAUUAACAAGCUCACAUCGAAGGACAGCAGAAAGACCGCGACGGUAUCACCGGGAGUUAGAAAAAAUGGCGGCGACCACAAGGCUAAGAAAGGAUUCUUCGGAACCGGUGUCUCGCGCGGUCCAUGAAGAGAAUCACUGUGCCGCAAGUUCUGGAUGAGCAAGACGAUCCAAGACACGUGCUAUGGAAGCCGGUGGCUGGGUCCUCGGAUUCCUCGGAAUCGUCGGGAUAUAUGCAUAUCAAUGAAUAACUGUUUCGCGAGGGUUUAGCUUUCAAGAUGUUCGAUCGACCACUGUAAAAAAGAAAGAAAACGUAGUCGUGCGUUCGCGCCGGAUCUGUACGUCUAUGUUAAAUUUGACGGAGCUAUAAUCACGAUUUGCCUCGAUCGAUUAAGAUACCGCAACAUUUCUCUUCUACCAUAACUCUCAGAAGGUUUUACUUCAAUGAGAAUCGAACGAUCGUUAUAGCUCCGUCACGAAAGUCCACCGACUCCCUUCCCACGUCCCGCAAUGUGUGUGUCUGACCACGAACCUUGUAAUCGUCGAUCGAAUCCGGAAUUAAUGAACGGCGCGAUUCAUCGAACUCUAUAUAU